CGAAACGCAGGCAAUUAUGUUGCGUGUUGCAACAUAACCUCGUUUUCAAAACUUAAAAACACAAAUAUAUCUAAAUAUACUAGUCCUAAUGAAAUAUUUACAUUAUUAUCAGUUAACGAAAACAAAAAAUCGUCGCCGUAUCACAAUACCGUCAGUAAGAAAAUCUCGAAAUGGAUAUUUUGAGAGCGGAGAUAGCAAAAAAGCGUAAGGAAUUGGAAGAACUUUGCGUCUUGGAGAACAAUAAGAAAUAUUUCAAAAGAAGUCACUUGAUAUCAAAAGAACAGGAGGUGCACGAAACUGACAAAGGAACAAACGAAUCUGCUCCGUCUAAUAGCAACCAACAGUCAGAAGAAUGUGUGACAGACAACAGUUCUGAACAUUUGCUGUCCAGACAAGAAGUAAUCAGACGAUUGCGCGAACGGGGAGAACCUGUAUUAUUGUUUGGCGAAUCCGAAGUAGAAGCGUUUAAGAGAUUACGAAAAUGUGAAAUUCUCGAGCCAGAAGUGAAUAAGGGUUUUAGAAAUGAUUUCCAAGAGGCCAUGGAGCAAGUGGACCAAGCUUAUCUCAAUGAGAUCUUGACGUCGUCCAAGUCCCAGAGUCUCGACGGAAAGGGAGAUGUGAACGUACCCGACGAGGGUGUUACUUACGAAGAUAUACAAAAAAUGGCGGCUAAACUGAACAAAGGGGACAAAGAUUUCGAUAUGAACGUCAUCACUCUGUUUGUACAAUAUUUGGUGCAAAUGUGGGGCAAUCAGUUGAACAGUCGGUCAACCGUUGAAAAGAUGAGCACAAAGGGAAAAAUGAACAGCGCCACGUAUGCCCAAACAAGAGAGUACUUGAAGCCUCUUUUGCGAAAGUUAAAAAACAAAUCUCUCCCCGAGGAUAUAACGGACAGUUUGACAGAAAUUGUCAAACAUUUGUUGCAGCGUAAUUAUAUAUUGGCUAGCGACGCCUAUUUACAAAUGGCUAUAGGUAAUUCUCCGUGGCCUAUUGGCGUAACUAUGGUCGGUAUUCACGCUCGUACCGGUCGGGAAAAAAUUUUUUCGAAAAACGUGGCCCAUGUUAUGAACGACGAAACUCAGAGAAAGUACAUUCAAGCGCUCAAGAGAUUGAUGACCAAAUGUCAGGAAUACUAUCCGACAGAUCCCUCAAGAUGCGUAGAGUAUUCGAAAUCUUGAACUCGUAUAUAUAAUAUGUAGAAAAUUGAGUGGAACAAGAUGGUAUAUUUAAAAAUAUGUGUAUAUAUCUUAUUAUAUUAUCAUUACAACCCGACAAAAACGUAGAUUAUUGAUUAUUAUAUAAAGAUAUCCUCUAUAAUAUAAGGUCAUAAUAUAAAACUCUUUAUAUCUUUAACGUAAAAA